AUUGAAAAGAGGCUCAAUAUAAUUCUGGAAACAAUCAUAAUAUAAAUAAAAUUUGGUGCAUGUCCGUGAUAAAAUCAGCAGCGGAAAAAAGGGCAAGAAAGAGCUUAGCACAAUUUGUCAUGGCGACAUGCGGGUCAAGGCCGUUUUUGGUCCUGCAAAUUCUCUUUCACUUAUUCCUAAGCAUGCGGGGAGCAACAGCCACAAGAUUUUUCGCCGAACGUCAGGAAAUGAGACAGAAUGGACAAGAGGGAACGACAUCUACCACACUCAACCCUGAUUCUGCGCCGGAAAUUCGACCAGCCAUAAUCAAAGGAAUAGAAGUCACAAAUCGGAAAGGUUUUGAACAUACUGCCAGAAUCCAAGUCAAGACUUCGAAGUUGCGGUGGAUCACUGAUCAGUUCGAAAUACGUCCUCACAUCUGCUACCUGCGUCGCAUUACCAAUGAUGCAAGAUUGACACUCGAUGAAAUCGCUCGCGAAGUCUUGGAGGAACCGCACGCU